AGUCCAUACGUCUGCCCACAUGUUUAAUUAAAUUAACUAAAAUUCUGAAAAGGCGAGAAAGCAGCAACAAAAUUCCUAUUAUUCAAAAUUUUUUUGUAGUCAUCCAAGUUUAAAUUUAAAUCUUUUAUUUAUUUCUCUGUUAUUCAAGUUUAUAUUUUCUUUUUUGUUUUUGCUUAGUUCGAUCUUUAAAAAAAAUUACAAAAAUGGCCUCGAAAAAGACCGUGGAGGACGAAGAAGAGCAGCUUUACCUCUUGGAAGUCACGGUGAACCGCCUCAACGUCACGAAAGAAGGUAUUAUGGACUCGGUGAACGAGGCGGAUUCCGGUAUCACCGAGGAUAAAGGGAAAAAGAAACGGCAAGAGAAAGGUCCGGUACGGGUCAAAGUGAAAUUCUUCGAUUUCCCAACUAUAGAAAUCGAAGAAGCGGAAUUUAAAAGCAACGAACACAAUUCGAAGGACGAAAUGAGUCCCGCCGUUCAGAAGCCCGGAGAGGACACCGACAAAUUUCUUGAGGAUGCCAAACAUGAAGAAGAGCGGUGGAGAGCGAAGAAUGCCGGCAUGUCUGUGGAAAUGUGGAGAGAUGAGAGAGAAAGGGACAAGAAAUUGGCGACGGAAAUUGCAGGGACGCUCCCUCCUGGAAAUCGGUUUACUAGUGGUAAAUCGUGCUUAUUUCCAAUGAUGCCUACCGAUAUGAUUAAAACUAUCCAACGGUAUCCAUUGGAGGUGCAAGUAAUUCGCAUGUCCGUCGAUAAAAGUCCUUCUCAUGUGAUUGGACACACCAAAGUCGAAUUGGGCGCUAAUUUCAAAGAGGCUGUGACCCUUGCGACUAUGCCUGUCGUACUUCCGGUUUCCGCCUAUAUCGAGGACAAAUUCAGUCUGUUAAACGUUUUCGGCGACGACUCGGGAGAAGUGUGGCUUUUCAUAAGACUCUCAUGUUUCGGUGCGACUAUUUUCACCCAGUUCAAGUACAUUCAGGGAGAAAAAGGUGGUAUCAAGUCUAAAAUGACAGAAACUGGGAAAAAUAAAAAGAGCCUGGCCGAGAAGAAGCGAAAGGAAGAAGAAGAAAGAAGAACGGUAGACCAGCAAAGGACGCCUUAUAUUUGCAGAGACGAUAAUUUGCCUGGAACUGGAGGGUGUUCUAAAGGAACCGACGACUUUUUCAUUCCCGUUCAAUGGCGUAACAUCAACGAGCCAGAAGUGAAUAUUCAGCUUUGCUAUCCUCCGGAUUAUCCUCAAGAGGUAGAAUAUCAAGAUGGAGGUUAUAAAUGUGCCAUGGCCAACAACGAAACAUCGAAUAUGAACAGGAUGUUUCCAGGUAUGCAGCAAAAAUAUAACCAGCGGGGAUUUGUAGACACUAAAUGCCCGUGUCCAGGUGCAAAACCUCACGAAGAGACCAUACUGAAUUGCUGUUUCAACCCUCCGAGUAAUAAAGGGAAUAAGACCGCACCUGGUAAGGCCAACGCAAGCCCAAAUCUCAAGUCGCUCGAUACGACGUAUUUGUCAGAAAACGUCGAAACAGUCGAAGAAAUCACUGUAAACGACGCGACGUCCAAGGCGAUUUCGGAUCUAGUGGACUCGGAUUGGGAACUUAUGGUCAGCGGCCAAAGCGAGAGAAAAACUAAAAGACCUCAAGUCUAUCCUAGGAAAAUCAACUGCCCGCCUUUUCUGAAAGCUCCAAACCCCAAAGGAUGCCCCGCGUCGGCUGACGGUAGGUGCAGAUGUCCAAAAGACAGCCAACAGAAGAAACCUCGAACAACGGAAUGUUCUGAUAGACGUUGUAAUCAGCGUUUGCAAACUUCAAGAAACCCAGGGUACCCCGGAGGGCAGGGUGGAUGCCCUGUGACGAAUUGUGGGAACCUUAACGAAACGGGAGCUAUGCUGGCCGGUCUUCCUAGAUUGUGCGACCCCAUAAUGCAGAACAUAAAUAACGUCAUGCCCCCCAACGUAAUUGUUCCUCAAUCUUCCGGAGGGCCCAAUGUCGUUUCUAUUUGCACAUGUCCGAAAGUACCGGAUUUCAUACCACCCGGAGAGAUGAGAGGCCCUGCCGACGGUCUGAACAUCCGUUGUGAAUGUUCAAACAUACUGACUUCAGUGCAUCCUGUGAAAGUCCCAUAUACCUGUCCGGGUACGACUUACGAGUCGAAUAAGCAAAUGGAUAUGGCCAGAGGCCAAGUUGUACCUUGCCCGGUAAAUAUACCCGAACCUCCCCAAGAAGCCCAACAGACUCAGCAGGCGAUGCCCAUGCCUCCGACCUGCGUGUCCUCUCUACCCAGCUUGGUCCUGUCCGAUGAGUCGACCUCCGAUGACGAUUUUCAGUACGUCGAGCAAAAGCGACAUUUAAAAGCAAAAGGGGGUAAAAAGAAGAAAGAAAAAGAGUCUGAUACCGAACCGCUCCCGUCUCCUAAAAAAUCAAAGAAAAAAUCCCCUUCUACCUCGGUAUACGACAGUUCGGAUCGCACCGAUUUCGAUUCCACGGCCCAAAAAAUGUUGGAAGAGGAACUCGAUUUCUAUGAAAGUAUGGUAAACGAUGUGAAGAACAAAGCUAAAGGCGGAGGAGAUACGAAAUCCGUCAAAGGGAAAAAAGACGGAAACAGUAGUAGUUCGGUUAACAAGGACAAACCAAAAGCUGACGAUGAGAAAAAAGACAAUACCCUAUAUAGAUACACUGCUGGAAUGUAUCCAGGUGUCCACAUAGGCCACAAAGAUUGCAUUGUUCCAUACAGGAUGGUACCUAAAAACAUGGGCUGGCUUUGGAAUAUUAAAAACGCCGCCGGAAUUCUUAAGGCUGGGCGCGGUUGGAGACCAGGUGCCAUAGCAGAGAGUGUAGCUGAACUUAUGGACGCUGCUAAAAGUACAACGCAAAAGUCGAAGAAGAAGUCCCGAAAACCGCCUCCAAGGAAGAAGAAAGAAGAGUCGGAACUGCACAAACAGCCGGGAAAGAAAACGGCCAAGAUGUUGAAAGAGGAGAGGAAGGACAAGGAUAACGGGGACAAAUCCCCGGAGGAUCUAAGACCAACGUUGCACGUCCACAAAAAGCACGGGCUUUAUUAUGUUUCCAUGUUCCCUCCGAAGAAAGAAGACGAAGCCGAGCCUCAGCCGAUUCAAUUUAAAAUCGAUCCCAAACACCCCGACGGACCUGGAGGAGGCGAUUCUUCCAUGUUCGAGACUGAAGACACGAGCACGAACAGCGAAGACUCGUUCCAGCUCGAGUUCGUCGCUCCUCAUACGCUGAAAGGAAGGAUACCGCCCAAGACGAAACAAGACAUGCAAUGCCAAGUCUCUACUGAGCAAGUAAUCAUUCCACCGACGCCGAGUGUAAAUUUGAAAACUCCAAAAGGCGGGAAAAAAGCAACAGGAAAAGGAAAAAAAGGAAAAGGGAAGAAAGGAGGGAAAGGAGGGAAAAAAGGAAAAGGAAAAAAAAGCAAAAAAUAAUCCAAAUGAAAAUAAAUUUAUUACUUCGAAACAAGGAUAAUAU